AUUAAAAUGUUAAGUGGUUUAUUAUAUAGUCCAAAUUGGACCUUUGUUGAUAAAAUAUUAAGAGACCCUUAAUUAGUUGAUCUUGAAUAUUUUGUUGGUGGUGGUCCAGGACAUGAUUGGCUUGCAAAAGUUGUUAGAGUAGAUUAAUAAAAGUAAUCAGAAUAUAAAAUUUAUAUUUAUAUAGAUUUUUAGGUCCAAGAGCUAAAUUUGAAAGAUAAUUUAAUGAAGAGCCUAGAACAUGGGAAGUAUUUUCAGAUAAUUUUUAUCGUCUUACAUUACUUGCUGGAAUUGAAAGAUUACUUACUCUUAGAUAAGCAUAUGGAGGAUUGAAAACUAGAUUUACAUUUGGAGAUUCUAAUACGUAUUAAAUUGCUUAAAAUUUAGAGCCUGUCUUUAAUAAAUAUUCAAUUAAGGAUUAUUUAAGGGAUAUUUUAGAGGAGCAUUAUUAAAUGCAUUCUAAUUUUUGACAGUAUGGGCACAUCCAUUAGUAUAUAGUAGAGGUAAUGGAUAUACUUCUCAUUAUCUAUAUUCAUCAUUAUUUGAACUUAUAACUUAUCCUAUUGAUACCAUAAAAACAAUUAUAUAUUCUGAUAUCUAAGGAAGAUAUAAAGGAGCAUUUGAUGUUAUUGAAUAAGUAAUCUAUAUCAAUUUAAUCUAUAGGUUUAUGCUCGAAAUGGAUUUAGUCAUUUCUAUAGAGGAAUUGUAUUCAAAUUGGCAUUCAAUGGUACUUUGAUCUAUCAUCUUAGAAAUGUCUAUGAAUAAGAUUAUCUUUCAUAAGUAAAUAAAUAUAUAUUCUAAUUUAUUAGUUAAUUUCUACACCUUUAUUAGCUAUUGGUUAUGGAUUCUUAACUAUCAAAACAAGAUUAUAAUUAGCAAGUACUGAUUUAAGUUUCUAAUAAACUAAUUAAAAAGGUAGAAUAGCUGCUAAUUUAUUUGCAUAAAAAACACCUUUUAGUAUCUAUAGAGGAGUUAUUCCAUUCUUGUUGUUGACUGAUUUCUUCCAUUAUAAAUUAUAUGCACUCUAUUCAUCAACUGCACAAUCAAGAACUUUGGAUGAAUUCCUCAAUUAAUACAAACAUCAAAUAGGAAGUNUUUAUUCUAAUUUAUUGGAUUUAUUCAAAUAGGAUAUGUGUUAGAAAUAGUAAUACAAUAUAUAUGAAUUUUAUUUAUAUUUAUAUAUACGAUAAUAUAAGAUUAAAUAUUAAUUAUUUUAGAUAUUAAAAUGUUAAGUGGUUUAUUAUAUAGUCCAAAUUGGACCUUUGUUGAUAAAAUAUUAAGAGACCCUUAAUUAGUUGAUCUUGAAUAUUUUGUUGGUGGUGGUCCAGGACAUGAUUGGCUUGCAAAAGUUGUUAGAGUAGAUUAAUAAAAGUAAUCAGAAUAUAAAAUUUAUAUUUAUAUAGAUUUUUAGGUCCAAGAGCUAAAUUUGAAAGAUAAUUUAAUGAAGAGCCUAGAACAUGGGAAGUAUUUUCAGAUAAUUUUUAUCGUCUUACAUUACUUGCUGGAAUUGAAAGAUUACUUACUCUUAGAUAAGCAUAUGGAGGAUUGAAAACUAGAUUUACAUUUGGAGAUUCUAAUACGUAUUAAAUUGCUUAAAAUUUAGAGCCUGUCUUUAAUAAAUAUUCAAUUAAGGAUUAUUUAAGGGAUAUUUUAGAGGAGCAUUAUUAAAUGCAUUCUAAUUUUUGACAGUAUGGGCACAUCCAUUAGUAUAUAGUAGAGGUAAUGGAUAUACUUCUCAUUAUCUAUAUUCAUCAUUAUUUGAACUUAUAACUUAUCCUAUUGAUACCAUAAAAACAAUUAUAUAUUCUGAUAUCUAAGGAAGAUAUAAAGGAGCAUUUGAUGUUAUUGAAUAAGUAAUCUAUAUCAAUUUAAUCUAUAGGUUUAUGCUCGAAAUGGAUUUAGUCAUUUCUAUAGAGGAAUUGUAUUCAAAUUGGCAUUCAAUGGUACUUUGAUCUAUCAUCUUAGAAAUGUCUAUGAAUAAGAUUAUCUUUCAUAAGUAAAUAAAUAUAUAUUCUAAUUUAUUAGUUAAUUUCUACACCUUUAUUAGCUAUUGGUUAUGGAUUCUUAACUAUCAAAACAAGAUUAUAAUUAGCAAGUACUGAUUUAAGUUUCUAAUAAACUAAUUAAAAAGGUAGAAUAGCUGCUAAUUUAUUUGCAUAAAAAACACCUUUUAGUAUCUAUAGAGGAGUUAUUCCAUUCUUGUUGUUGACUGAUUUCUUCCAUUAUAAAUUAUAUGCACUCUAUUCAUCAACUGCACAAUCAAGAACUUUGGAUGAAUUCCUCAAUUAAUACAAACAUCAAAUAGGAAGUCCUAAACAUGAAAAUUUAUGGCAAUGA